AUGACAGUGUUGGAUGUUCAUUUCCAUUAUAAAGUAGACAUGAUGAUAAACCUCUUACUGCUCGUCGCGUUGGUUCCAUCCGCUGCUCUCUGUCAGGACUUAGAGGCGAGGACCUUGGGAUUCUUCACAGUAGAAUACCCAGCUUUUACCAGCGUCAUUGACUUGGCCGACACCCCUGGCUUGUAUGACCUAUUUGUGACAACCUUCGAAACACAACCAAAUACCACCGAUGAGGUGUAUGCUGUACGCGACUUGGCAGCCAAACUAGACAAUGUGUCAGCCAUAACAACAGAGUUGGUCACGGAUGAGAUUCUCUAUCCAAACGAGAUUAACCUCGUUCCAGAGGAAGUGUUUGGAACGCCAGAUGUACUGUGGGUAGCAUCCGGGUUUUUCGUGCCGACGAAGAACGAUGGCGCAGUGCAUCUAUUAAGUCUUCAAUAUGGCGUACCAGCCACAACGGUAUUCGUGACAGACGACCCGGUGCCUUGGUACUUUCAUAGAGCGGAUUUUCUUGACAUGAACGGCGAUGGAUUGAUUGAUAUAGUUUCGGCCCGAUGCAAUGUAACUAACCAUGCUCUGAUGUGGUACGAACAUCCAUCUGAGGGGGAUCCUCAUAAGCAGAUAUGGAAGUCACAUCAUAUUGUCGACGGUCCCGAUAUCUUCUUCAGAAUUCAUGAACUUCCGGUACCCGGCGGAUCUACGAGAACUGCCAUCAUUUCCACACAAUACUUUACGCAGCUUCUAACAGUCACGUGGACGGAAGAUGAAAACGGAUUAUGGAACGACCCAUCUAAGAUUUAUCACCGAGUUAUCGAUAAGGACCGCGGUAAUUAUUUUGACCUUGAGGUUGUAGAUUUAAAUGCUGAUGGAAACUUAGAUUUGUUAGUGAGUGUGAACAGGUAA